UCGUUCCUUUCUUUGAUACAGCAUCUCACAAUUCCCUCACCAGGAACUUUUUGAGUUUCCGACGCAAAAUUCAUAUCUGCACUUCGAAAAAUUCAAUAUAGCAAUUGAACAUAUUCACUUACAGGUAUUUUAUCCCUCCGAACAACAUCAGAUUCCUCUCUCUGCUGUUUCAUCUUAUCUCAUCUUCACCGAUUUUUGCUGCUCACUGAUACAAAAAUGUCAGCAGUGGUCUCCUCCUUCGUCGUCGGUCCCAAAAGCUUACACACUUCUGAUCUAUCAAGUAAAGGAACACAAUCUAUUAGAACAAAAACUUUUACGUGCAGAAAAUGCAUAUUAAAGCGAGCAAUUAAAGUAUCAUGUGCUCACAAUGGUGAACAAGAAAGAAGACAUGUGGUCAAAAUGUGUGGCAUCACAUCAGCCAGAGACGCGGCUUGGGCGGCAGAAGCUGGUGCAGACUAUAUAGGCAUGAUUAUAUGGCCUAACUCAAAGCGUUCUGUUUCACUCACGGUAGCAAAGGAGAUUUCUAAAGUUGCUAGGAGAUAUGGAGCAAAUCCUGUUGGGGUGUUUGUAGAUGACGAUGCUCAUACCAUACUUAAAGCGUCUGAUGCUGCAGGCCUUGAAUUGGUUCAGCUUCAUGGGAAUGGUUCACGAGUUGCUCUUCCAAUUCUGGUGAAGGAAAAGAAUGUAAUAUAUGUUCUUCACGUGAAUGGGGAUGGAGAACUUUUGAACUCGAUUUCUGAUGAAGAGUCACCAUUGGUUGAUUGGGUUCUAGUUGAUAGUGCCAGAGGUGGCAGCGGUAAGGGAUUUAACUGGGGAGUAUUUAAGAUACCUCCUAUCAGAAGUAAACAUGGAUGGCUUUUGGCCGGAGGGAUUUACCCGGGAAAUGUAUGUGAAGCUCUCUCUACGCUUAGCCCACAUGGAGUUGAUGUCAGCAGCGGAAUUUGUGCUCCUGAUGGCAUUCAAAAGGAUAAGUUACAGAUAACUUCCUUCAUGAAUGCAGUUAAUUCUCUUUCAAUUGUUAGUUGAUAUUAGUGCUAAUCUUGGAUAUAAAUUCUGGAUAAGAGUACAAAAUUUUCUAAACAUCUGCGUGUUAAAGAACUUCAUAGUUUGAUUUGAGUAAAUAGUUUGAGUAACACCAAGGCUAUGUUUGGUGCAACUAGUUGGUGCAACUAAGGGUUAUUGUCCGAAUCAGAGACUAUUGUAUGGAGCUGAACAUUGAAGUGCUGAAUCUAAAUUACCAAUUGAAUGGAGUAGACUCCUUUGGAAAAAAGAGUUGAAUGAUGACGGAAAGGUAUAAAAUUACAUUAACGGACAUACUUCCUCG